UGACGAGAUCAUCUGGUUCUCCUGUUGCAUCUACUGCUGAUCAAUUGAGUGGUAUUAUGCGGACUUUGGAGACUAUGGCACAAGUGAUGCAACAACAACAACAACCUGUCCAACAAGGAAAUAAUGAUGGGACAGAGACAUCAAACCAGACGGGGUUGGGAAUUGGACAUUUUAAGAAGCUUAGUCCUCCCAGUUUCAGUGGUGAGUCUGAUCCAAUGGUGGCAGAACGAUGGAUGAUGCAGAUAGAGAAAAUAUUUGAUGCCUUAAGUUACUCUGAUGAACGAAAGGUUUUUCUUGCCACCUUUAUGCUGGAAGGAGAAGCUGAACACUGGUGGAGAAUGAUUAAGAGGAUGUCUGAAAUCAAACAUGAGCUAAUGACUUGGAAGUUAUUCCAAGAAAAGUUUAACGACAAAUAUUUUUCAGAUUGCAUGAGAGAGCAAAAAGAAUUGGAGUUCUUGAAUCUUAUCCAGGGAAGUAUGACGGUUACAAAGUAUGAAUCUAAAUUCACUGAGCUCUCCAGAUUUGCCACACAUAUGACUGAUGAUGAAUCUAGAAAGGCAAGAAGGUUUGAAAGGGGAUUACGGCCGGCAAUAAGAAGCCGAAUGUCAGCUUUAAAAUUACAGACAUAUGCUGAUACGGUAGAAAGAGCUUUGAAAAUUGAAAGAGACAUGGAGGAAAUUCAAGAAAUCAUUGGCAAGAACAAAAGGGACAAAUUUACUAGCAAAAGCAGGAGAGAAAAUGAAUAUGAAGAUAGUAACAAGAGGUUUAAGAUAUCUGGAUUUGAGAAAAGGAAACCAUUGGGGAGGACUCAGUUAUGUGCAAAAUGCGGAUUAAAUCAUGAAACAAGCCGGUGUUUUCGGGUGACUGGAGCAUGUUUUGGUUGUGGAAAGCUAGGUCAUCAACUAAGAGAUUGCCCACUGAAUAGAAAAAAAGAGCCACUGUCUCCUAGACCCUCAGCCCAUGCUAGAGUGUACGCUAUCACUGAACAAGAUUCUAAAGCUUCUAAAUCAGUGGUGGAAGGAUAGCGUAUCGCUUGCUUAAAUGUUAAGAUUGGGCUGAGGCAGUGGAAAGUUUAGAAGACGUUGGGCAGAACUUUUGUUAGCAUAUAUGUAGUUGUGUAUAAGCUACCUUGCAUCUAAUGAAAUGUGACUAUGAAUCUAAACCUGUGGAUUUUGUGUAAGCUAAAGGAUCCCUCAUGUAUAGGGUUUUGGAAUGUUAAAUUAAAUUUGUGUAAUGGUAUGA